GAACCAUGCCGAUCCAAAUCUGGCGGACGAAAGCGGCCGAACACCGCUCUCGUGGGCGGCAGAAGGAUGUCGUCGGGCUGUAAUGAAGACACUGUUUUUGCAUGGCGCAGAUCCGGAGCUGGCUGACGAAAACGGUCGAACACCACUUUCGUGGGCCGCAGCUAAAGGGACUGAGGCGAUCGCAGAGAUAUUACUUCUUCACAAUGCUGACCCGAACACCACGGAUCAAGAUGGUCGUACGCCCCUUUCUUGGGCUGCCGGAUCCGUUUCCAGGGACAGUAAUACCUCUUCCCAGGGCCAAGUAUACGACCGGAGCGUGUUGGUGAAAUUGCUUCUCGACUACGGUGCUGAUCCAUGCUUAGUGGAUCAAAACGGUCGGGGUCCUAUUUCAUGGGCUGCAGAAAAGGGGUCCUUGGUAACAGUGAAAUAUCUACUUGAGCAGGGUGCCGAUCUACACUCCGCGGAUCGGGGUGGCCAGACACCAUUGGGGUGGGCAGCGAAGACUCAGAACUAUGCGGUAGCAGCGCUAUUACUAGAGAAUGGUUCUCCUCCUCUGGAUGAUUUCUCAGCUAUCCUCGAUCUUUACAGCUCUACGACAAGUCGGCGUCAAGAAGAGUCUGGAGAUGUACCGGUUUUUCGAGGAACAACUCAGCAGUUUCUGAGUAACCCAGGGUCAACGGCAUCCGCUGACAACAAAACCGGGGUUAUCGGUAGCCCCAGUACUUCGGGACAGGCUGCAUUUUCCCAACCAGAUGCUGAGAAUGAAAGGAGGAUGGCGAUUCUUAACGCGCUUAUGAACGACGCGCACUAUCGUAAGAAGACCGCUUCAGAUUUCCUCCAUGCUCUUAGUUCCGUUGUUGUAGAUGAGAACAAACCCGACAACGUCCCGAAACGUGAGGACAUGCUCCUAGAAACUUUUGGAGGCACACGAGCCCGGGGAGAUGGGGGCGACGGCAGCGAUGAUAGUGAAGAUAGCGACGACAGCGACAACAGCGACAACAAUGACAGCAUAUACUACAGGGACGCCAGCGACGAUAGCGGCGAUGGCAACAACAGCGGCGACGGCAACAACAGCGGUAAAGGUGACAAUAGCGGCAAAGGUGACAAUAGCAGUAAAGGCGACAACAGCGGCAAUGGCGACAAAGGUGGCGGCGGCGGCAAAAACGACCAAGGUAAAAACAGCGACAACAGCGACAACAGCGGCAAAGGCAACAACAGCGACGAAAACGGGCCACCAUUCUUUAACUGGGACGAACUGACACAGGAGCUAAUAUUAGAACCUGAAGAAGACUUCCUUGAAUCAAAAUAUAUCGAUCUUCUGGCUGUUUUCCAAGGGCUGAGUGCCGAAAUAUCAUCCCCUUUCGCGAACAUCAAAUUAGAGGGAUUCUUGGCGGCUAUAUACUCUGUGCUCCAUCGAAGAGAUGCGUUGUCGUUCUUCCUCGCCCAAGGUGUUCGAAUCUACACCACCGAGGACGUUGCAGUAAAUAUACCGUCUAGACAGCUUUACACUGAACUGUUCAACCAGGCCAUGCUCAGUGGCCAUGACGUCCGUCUAGCAGCUGUUGCUUAUGGCGACGGCCAUGGAUAUGGUUCUAUAACGUUAUUUCAACUCGCCAUACCUGAAGGGAGGGGGCUACCUAACCGUAUCCAACCAAAAGCGGCUAUUCGCAGGGCCCCAAAGAGUCUGUUACAGAAAGUCAGCUGUGGUAUCGAACAUUGCAGCAAAGCAACGCUGUCUAUGCCAAAAAGGAGAUAUAUGGGAACAUACAAAACAAACAUUAAAAAGGGGGCGGUUCCAUCGUCGUACCACAAAACCGAUCGUCAAAAUAACUGCAAAUUCUGACAGCAGCCAUAGCCGAACGCCCCUGAAGACAGCUGUUAGCAUGAGCCCUAGGAAGAGAAUAAUCAACUUCCGCGCCACGAUACCGCAAAUGAUUGCCAUGCUCCUCCAUAAAGCAGCUACAUUGGAAAAGAUUAGAUCGACUGAGGUUCGGAUGCAACGGGAUUCGCGCGUUGUGCAAUUGGUCUAUGGCCCGAAUCAGC